CCGCGUGUUUUUGAAUCCUCACCGUUGACCACAUUGCCGUCGCGUCGUCGCUGCGGGUCGCUCGUACCUCGUUUGCGUUGUCCGUUCUUGUUUUUAUUUUUUUCGCCCUCGCCCGUCAUUAUUAUCGUUGUUGUCGUCGGUCAAAAUUUUCAAAUAAAGUAUACAAUAAUAAUAUAUAUAGAUCGAUAUCGGCAAACGUUUUCGAUUUCUAUAUAAUAUUAUAUUAUUUUUUAUUUCAAAAACCGCACUCCGACCUAUAAUAAUAACGAUAUUGUUGACGGCGGCGUAAACUUUUCGCCCGUUUGAAUUUAACCGGUAAAACAAAUUUAAAAAAAAAAAAAUUACAUCUACAUUAGCCUAUUAGAUUUUUGGAUUAAAAUUUUUUUUUUUGCAAUUGGUUUCAAUCGUUCAACGCCGCAAGGAGAGAAGUUUUGGCUACCCAAAAAUAAAAAACCGUCCAAGGGAAUACAAUAAUAUUACCUAUUGAAUUGAAUUUGUCAAAAAGGUCAAACAGUCACUGUGCUCGAUGCGAUUUGCCGGCCGGGUGAUGGAUCCACCGCUGCCGAUGCCGUCGGAGAUCGCUACCAAGGCGCCGUCUUCGCCGGUUACCGUGGUUACCGGCGCCGUGACUGUGGCUACCAGUACGGUUGUAACCGCGGCUACCAGAUCCCAGCGAGUCAACGGGCCGCACAGAGCCAUCAACGUGCACGGUCUGAUGUACAACGACACGGUGAUCAACGACAUGUGGGUCAACGCCAUACUGUCCACCUUGGCGCUGUCGUGCGCCGCUUGUGUCUGCCUGUGCUUCCUGUAUUGCAAAAUCCAACAAUGGAAACACGACGCCGAGCAAAGAAGACGCGCCAAGAUCAGCCGAAGCCACGACGAAGAAUCGCUGCCCAGCUACACCAUAGUGACCGGUUUGCCGUCUUACGACGAGGCGUUGGAACGCAUGCGGAACAACAGCCCGGGUUCGCCACAAGCGCACUCUUCGGCCAACACCACCGCCGCGGCAGCCGGUCUCUGGACCAUCCAGACCACAUACACCAGCAAGGCGACCAACACUCCCAUAUCGAUGGUGCAUCUCAUGGACGAAACGGCCGACCAGAAACCGCCGUCCCUACCGCCGUCCCUACCGCCGUCGCCCCCCCUGCCGCGCUUCAAGGUGCAGCCCACCUACCCUGUGAUCCAAAGACAGGCCGCCACCCUGACGUCUCCCCGGCUGGGGCUGGUCUCGCACAACUAUUACACGCACAACGGCACUUGCAGCCACUGCCUUUCCGUGCAAGAGCUGUUGGAGACCUACAACGUCCGAUAAACUCAUCCCGGUUUCCCGGUUUAGCAUUCCCGUUUUCCCCCGGCUGCAGUGCACCCAUCAUCCCCCUGACCCUCAGAACCACUGCACCCUUUUUAACCUGCCCCGACGAAAGGCGCUCGUCGCUGAGACCAGUACCGAAUUCGAGAACGGACAAACGUUUGGGGUGGUUUUGUUUUUUUUUCCUUCUGCGUUGAACAAUAUAUGUUGUGAUGACAGAUAGAUUGAUGGACAAUCUAUUCAGACAGAUAGAUGGAGAAGAAAAAAAAAACAAAACCACCCCCCGGACACAAUGUUUGCACCGAUUCGAACUCUGUACUUGUACCACCAGCACGACUUAACGAACCUAAUUAGAGCUUGCUUGAUAUCCAGUGUAGGCCAGUUACCGAUUGUUAUGAUGAUCAAAAUGUAUUAAUAGUAAGUAGUUCCAAUGGAAUUUCUACUGACCGGUUCAAGUGUUGAUGAUCGGUUUAAUUGUGUGUGUUGCUUUGGAAAUCUGAGUAUGUUAGGUUAGGUUGUAGGCUGAACGCGGAUUAAAUUAUUGUAGAACGUUAAUAUUAUUAUUAUCUCAUUUUAACUUUUAAGCGUGUGUUGUUAUUGUAUUGAAUUUUUUUUUCCUCUGCCUUUACAAAUUAUAAUAAUAAUGAUAAUACUAUAUUGUUUUUCAACCGCAUCGCGUCGUUAGACGACUACACUAUAGUAGGUACAUUAUUAUAUUCAUGUGUGUGCGUUAUGUGUGUGUUUUUUUAGUACUAUUAUUCGUAUCGAUUUGUAGAUAUUUUCUAUUAUAUAAUAGUAAUUUUGUCGAGUGCCAGUUCUAGAAUAAUUACCAAUUAUUAUAAUAAGAACAGUAAUAUAAUUAUAACUACUUCAUACAUUAUUAUGUAUAUCAUCUCUUUUUGCGAUUCAUUUCAAUUGUAGUAGUUCAUUAUACAUUUAAUUAUGUUAUAUAUUAUAUUUGUUCG